AUCCGUCGGUAGAGCCGAGUGCAGCUCAGGAUUUAUUCGGACAAAUAACAAUAAAACUGCAGUGCGUUGCAUCUUUUCCAACUCAUCUACUGAUCCAGAGGAACCUGUUCCCUAUCACACGGAUGUUUUGCUAACCCCUCCCAGUGAAGCAAGUGUACAGUGAUUCUGAACGGGAUCCAUUUUUUUCCCGAUUGUGUAUCCUUUUGUCCAGAGCUAAGAAUUGAUAUUCUUUCAAAGUCGGUAAGAGACGGUAACACGCAUACACUCGGGAUUAGAAAACGUGCCAAAUUUCAAAGUGCUAAGCGAUUCAGGAUCUUUGAAGCUUGCGGGAAGAAUAAAACUUAAUUUAGGGGUUGCAGCAGUGCAUUGUUAGUGCGACGAACUCGCGCCGUUGUAAGUGUUGAUACAACGGAAGCUGUGCGAUUUCCGGAAAGUGAAGAACUUUUUUUUCUCCAAAACUCGGCAUAUUUUCGGUGAGAACGAGAAGUGCUAGAAAGUGUCACAAAGUGUUGAAGCAAACUUCCUGCGGCCAGUGAUUGUCAAUCCUUCAGUGUUGAGAGCCUGGAGGUAUCAGUUGUCCGAGCAGUCGAAGAUCCACCCUUACUAAGAUGGAGUUAGUAAACAGCAUUUACGGCGGAUGGCGGUACCUUAUGGACGAUCUGUCAGACCCCCGGACGAAUGAUUGGCCAUUGAUGAGUUCACCGUUUCCCACAAUUGCCAUCAGUUUGUCGUACGCCUAUUUCGUGAAGGUUCUGGGACCCCGAUUGAUGGAAAACAGAAAGCCGUUCGAACUGCGGAAAGUACUGAUCGUGUACAACGCCAUCCAGGUCGUGUUCAGUGCGUGGCUGUUUUAUGAGGCAUGUGCCGCGGGAUGGUUUACGCAUUACAGUUAUCGAUGCCAACCGGUGGAUUACUCUCGAUCCCCAACGGCAUUGCGGAUGGCUUCCGGCUGCUGGUGGUACUUCUUCUCCAAGUUCACGGAAUUCUUCGACACAUUCUUCUUCGUGAUGAGGAAACGCUAUGACCAGGUCUCGACGCUGCAUGUCAUCCACCACGGUAUCAUGCCGGUCUCUGUUUGGUGGGGGGUGAAGUUUACUCCAGGUGGCCACAGCUCAUUCUUCGGCUUACUAAACACCUUCGUCCACAUCAUCAUGUAUGCCUACUACAUGCUUGCAGCGAUGGGUCCCAAGGUGCAGAAGUACCUCUGGUGGAAGAAAUACCUUACUGUGCUACAGAUGGUGCAAUUCGUGAUGGUCAUGCUGCAUGCAUUCCAGCUGCUGUUGUGGAACGAGUGCAACUACCCGAUUGCGUUUGCCUACUUCAUUGGAGCCCAUGCCGUCAUGUUCUACUUCCUGUUCUCGAACUUCUAUAAGAAAGCGUACAACCAGCGGAAGUUAAAGAAGGAAAAGAACGAGAACCUGGUGCUCGCGAAUGGAAAUCUCGAGUCGGAACCAAAUAAGAACAUUGAGUCCCACACCACGACCUCCUCCCCGUACCAGGCGAACGGGAAGACCAGCUUCUACCAUGCGGUUGGCAAAACCGUGGAAGACAGCUACUCCACUACGAGGCAUCGGGUGUACGUCGGCUCGGUGAACAACUAAUCGAUCAGUCCGUUCUUAAAAUUUGCUGCUCUUAGCAAAUAUUAUCUAAGGACUCAGAGAUGAUAACAGAGAGGGAGAGGAACCCAACGAAAACCAAAACCAGCCAGCCAUUCGGGAGGGCGAUGUGGGAGUGCGGAAAACACUCACUCCGUCUCUCCGCAGGAACAACCCAUCAACUAUGCUAUAGCAAUCUGUAUUAUCACCUCAGAACUGAGUUCUAGAUGUUUCAGAUUUUUUGAAACACAAGAAGCGGAUUCGUCGAUAGCAGAAAGUGAUAGCGCCGUGUAGUUUUAAUAUACAAUUAUUCUCCGAUGCACCGUGAAUCAUUUGAAAGCGCACUAGUUACGUGAACAAUAGCUAGGACUUACUAUAUAACUAGGUUAUGAACAAGAAUAUACAGACGAGACCAGUACAACUUGUGCCCCGUAUUUCAAGCUCAAGCCAGCAUUGCCUGACACUCUCGGUAGCGGUGCUAAUUUGCGAUAGUUUCUAUUUUAUCUUGAAAGGAGCGCGAAAAUCUUUUUACUCUUUCGGCUUGAAAAGCCCGUUGUGAGACAGGAAGAAACCUCCUGCCCGGAAAAAUCGCUUCGUAUUUGAGUGUAUAAGUAACAUAGGGAUUAGUAAUUUAACUAGCCUUAAGAAAUUUGUACAUAAUGUUUCCUCGAAUUUGCGCGAACAUCGCGUCUCUUUUUGUGGCUGUACAGAAUAAAAUAAGGAGGUGCUUUCGUAUUUGUAUGCCAGUAUUUUCUGGGCCCGAAAAGAGACAAGAUCUGUUGAUUUCCAUAAGUUUAUAAGUCAUAAGUAGUUGCACACUCAUAUCAAGGUAGUGAAGUAUUUAACAGCGAUCAAAGAUUGACGUAGUAGCAAAAGGAACAACAAGUGAAUAUACGAUAUGUUUGUAUGAAUGACUGAAGUGCAAUAAACCAUAAUAUUACAAUAAUACUCAAAA